AUGGACGACAGCCUGAAGCUGCUCAAGUUGCUCGUCUUCGUCUUGUGUCUAUGCGGACCAUCCUGCCAGCGACCUUUGGCCAAUAUCAACGAUUCAGCCAUGGACAAGGAAUCGCCACGCCUGCCGCCCCAGCCGCAGGAUGAGCAGGAUACUGCCGGGACGACCAGCGACGGCUACGUGAAAUUUAUCGCUCCGCCGGAUGUCGUUUCGGAACAGCACCACCAUCGCUCGCCGGCGACCGACGGUGAAGGACAGCAACCAAUGACCGGCGGCACCACUACUCGAAACCCAAGGGACAGUGCUAAUCGUCGCAGCUUCGCAAAAAUCCUCGGUGACUUUCUAUCAGGCCUCUACCAAACGGCUUGGGAAUGCGUCCUAUACGUGGUGAUGAUCCUCCUCUUGGGGAUCUGCGCCUUAUGGCUUCAUCACAUUGAUUGGAAAGCUGAGUGCUGCAUGGAGAUCCGUCUGCUCGUGAUGAUAAUCGUCGUGCUUGCAAAUCCGGUUCGGGGUCUCGAGGUCGUCCCGUUGACUUCGUCGUCCACCCAACGCAUGAAAAUGAGGGGGGCGAUGCUGAACCGGCUGAAAUCGGCGAUGCCAGUGAGAAGUCAUGAACUGAGGGCCUUUGCUUCUCCACAACAAGACAACUUCGAUCCGACAUCCUUACCGCUGGCUGUCCCGCCGUUUACUACAGAUGAUGGGACAAUCGGCCAACAACGCGAAUUCGGUCCACAUAUAGUGAAGGCUCGGGGAACUUCCGCUGUUCUGAAGCUUCCAAACCCUAAGAAAAACCUCGAGCCUACGAAGCUACUUCCGAGACGUAUCAUUGACUCUCCGGACAUCGCAUCGGGUGACCCAACGACAACCAAAUCUCCGUCAAAGAGCCCUGAACGGCAAUAUGACACGCCGUCCGAUGUCCCAUUCGAAGAGCCCGACGAACAAGGAUUUGAAACGACUUCCGACAGCCUUCGCGACGCGGGCGACCACCAGAACCAGUCCGCACCGAGGACGUGCGAGGAGGUCUGCGCCGAAAAGCACUGCUCCUGUUUCGUCCAGAAACAUUUCGUGUCCGUCUUCGGGCUAGUGCUUCUGCUAGUUCUGGCCAUUAUGGGUUGUUACACCGGACUGUUCUGGAAACUCUACGUCUGGCUCGACGAUCUCUGCCACGCGAAAUUCCAGGUGACCGCUGCCGAAGUGCGAGCUGCGCCUACCAGACGUGCCUUCGAAGACGAGCCGGGCGCGAACGCGCAACUUAUACCGCUUGACCUUUACGGGAAUGCCGCUCGUCUUUCCAAUGAUCUCGAACCC